AUGGCGAACUGGUACCACAACGAGCCUUACACCGAGAACUACCAACAAGCCGCAUACAACGGCUUUCCCUUCCUCCCUGAAUACGGUCCCCGCCGCCACGCACCCCGCGAGGAACCCUUCAUCACCCAACGUCGUGGCCACAAAGGCUGGUAUCAAGGAGAUCUGCGCCUUCCRUCAUCCUUCAAAUCCAAGAAGUACUUUGUUCGUCCUAUCGAUGGUGCUCGUCGUGGUACACUCGGGAGACUGAAAGACGUAAUGAGUGGAGAGGGACCAGACGUUUUCGUUGUUGCGAAUGGAGAUGCUCGGACGUUGCAUCGUGAGAUACCAGGCCGGGAGAGGUGGUCUGGGUGGGAUAAGUCAGGAUUGCAUUGGCCGAAACAUGUCAAUCGGGAGGCUGGUGAGGAUAUGGAUUGGUAUCCGAAGCGGAACUUCAAGAGUAUGCCUUGGGCGAGGAGAGAGAGAGGGGAGGUGUAUAACUUCCGGACUAGGGCGUAUGAAGAACUGAGGGGGUCCAACCGGAGGGACUUCUGGAGUGACGCUCAUUGUCAUGAGCUCUCGGCCGGGAGCGCAGACAGCAGUGUUAAAGACUCGCCUUUGGUCAAGGACACCAUGCUGUUCAAGAUGUUGAGCAAGGUCCACGACACAGUGACCCAGCUAUUGCGCCAUAGUGGCAUCAUCUAA